AUGCAGGCCGUAGCCCCGGCCCACCGCGGCCACAAUGCGCUCGCCAGCACGCCUCGAGGCCGCACCCGUGCUGUCUCGGACGUCUAUCCGCCGCCCGAGCGAGCGCCGGAGCUCACGCAGCUGCCCAAGGCUGCCUCGUACACCUACUUUCCCCGCGUGAAAGACCUCGCAGACGAGCCGCCGGUGCUGGAGCUGAAGGGCACGAUAUCAGAAGAGGAGCUGAAAAGCGGCACAAGCGGAGAUGGGACGUCCUACUCGUCUUCGGGCGGCUCGAGCCCUGAGUCGGAGGACGGCCCCCACGUGGUGCAGAUGCCGCAAUUGCGACCCAGCCUCUCGCGCCGGUCGUCGAGAUUCCUGCCCUUCUCCAACAAGAGCCGGGACCCCUCCGCAGAGCCAAAGCCCGACCGCAGCCGCAACGAGAGCGUGAAGCAGGCCGAUUCCUCGAGUUCGAGCUCGCCCGUGCGGUCGCUGACAAAGCUGCGGAGGAAGAGCUGGGUGUCGUCACAGUCAAGGCCGUCGUCACCCACGAAGGAGACGCCAAAAGAGACAACCAGCCCCGUGAAGGUGGAGGAGCCAAGGAAGAAUUCAUUGAGCGUGGAGGCUACCAAGCGGAGGUCCUUGACGGCCGCGCUCAGCAUUCCUGAGAAGUCUAGAGCGAGGGAUUCCACCGAGAGCCCAACAACUCCCAAGAACCGCGUGCUCACCAAGAAGUCGAAGAGGCUCAGCGGCCUCUUCAACGCUUCCACCGAACCCGCGCCUGUACCCAUUUCAAAUAUUCCUGCGAUUCCGCCCGUGCCCAAGUCCUUCUCCACCGAGAAGUUCCCAUUAUACGUGCAAUCUCCAACGAGCCCGACCCACAUUCCUCCGCUCCCGCGUAAUAUCUCCUCAGACAAGCUCAAAGGUGCAAAGACGGAGCCCCGCAAGAAAGACGAGCUCUGGACGGUGUUCCGGACGCUCGAGGGGGACCUCCGCAAAUUUCAUUCCAAGUCCAUAGCUUUGAAGGCAAAUGUUGUGCGAACGACCCUCCUGCCUUUCCUGCGCACGUAUGCCGCACACUCGUCAAACCAAAGGCUCCGACCUGAGGAUCUGGAUCGGCGCGCUAAUAUUCUGAACGGGUGGUGGACUGGACUACUGGAGCUCCUGGCAGGGCGGAACAAUCAAUCAAUCUCGGGAACAGACCGCCCAGCUAUAUUAGAAGGCAUCGCGGGAGUCAUGGAGCGACCAGAGUGGCGGCUGUCGCCCUCGCCCUUCUGCGCUCUCGCAGACCGUGCCGAGACACUGUCUACGACAACUGUGAAGUCCUCCGGCUCAAACUCUUCCAGCUCCUCGGAUUUCCUCGCCGAAUCCGUCUUCCACAACGUUCGGAACAUCUUCACGCAGAAUCUCCUUUCGCAGAUGACUUUCGUCGUCGACAAGAUGUCACUCCGAAACGCGGCCGCAAGCCUGGUGACCUUUUGCGGAAAGACGUGCGCCUACGCAUUUUGCUUCUGCCCAGGAAUCGCGGAUGUCUUGGUGCGCCUGUGGAAUCCAACGCUGGAACCGAUGAAGCGCGUUCUUGAGGAGUCGGGUAUCACAAGGCUAGAUAGGCUUGACGCCACUUCGGACCGCAUUGUCGCAGCUUUCCCGCCUAUGCUCCACUCGCUGAAGUUCCAAUCCUUGCCCAAGCUCGUGCGCUUGUUGCGCCGCCCAGCAACUCUGCCCCUCGGGACCGCUAAUUUGGACUGGUAUGGCACCUGGGUGAAGCGCUGGUCUGGUGCCGAGAGUGAUUUGUUUUACGUUUUCGUGAAGCACUAUCACAUCCUCGUGACUGAAUUUCUGCCUCGGAAACCAACCAAUGCAGAGCGUGUCUGUGUGCCUGGACUCGUCAUGGUGCAUGCCCAGGUCCUGGUUAAUCUAGAUGCAACUAUCAACCGUCAUGCUACUCCGCAGCAACCCGAAGAGCCGGGAAACGGAGCAGCUGCAAUCACUUUCGAUGAUGUUCUGGGCGAUCCCGAUACCUCAGCGUCUACGCUACCCAUACCUCCGGCGAAUGCGACCCGGCAGAUGGCGGAAAACCGGCUCAUCAUGCUCAUUCGAGACUUUCUAUCUGAGAGGAACGGGCAUAUUUCCACAGCACGACGGAUAUUUGCGGAGUGCUUUGGGUGCCUCCUGCAAGCAGCUGCUCGUAGAGUCUCCAUAUACGACAACAACGCCUGUUAUACGCUGUGCGAUUUCCUAGAGGAAGCUUUCGUAAUAUUAGUUCGCUACGAAUCCCUCGACGAUCGACAACACCUAAUCCUGCACCGGCCUUUCUGGCUUUCGGUGUUCAAGCAGAUGACUGCAAGCCACAAUACCGCAACCGAGAUCAAGUUGUUCGCUUUCUUGUACAGCACUUGGCCGACUCUAAUUACUAAUGAGCAGUGGAAGGCGAGCCUAUGUUUGGAUUUCCUACUGGAACCGGAGUUUUUCGAGAGCAGGUUUAAUCACUGGUGUCCUAUGGUUCGAUCAUACUUCAUGCGGCUGCUGUGUUGGCGGGUCGCCCGUUUCGAUGAAGCGGAGUCUGCAACGGAAGUGAACAUUAUGAGAGCUUUGAGCGAUCGCUUACGCUCCGUUUGGUCUCACUACCUUUGGCUCCUGGAGCAAGCCCAGGAGACGGACACCAUGCUACCAUCGACUACGGCUUGCAAUCCCGCCCCCGGCCGACGUUUCCUCAUCAUACGUAAUGAUAAUCCUAUGGUGACCAAUGCUGGUCCUUUCCUCUCAUUCGAUGGUGUCGUCCAGUCACCUAUGUCAAAGAGACUCUCAUCACCUCUGAAUCCCGUACCGGAAGCCGACGCUCGGCCGCUUUCAGCUGCGUCAACUGACUCGCAAGACUUCCCGGAAGAAAACGCUAGUACCAAAGGCCGCUGGAACAUUCUGCGUAGCUUCAUUAGCGGUGCUCCAAAGUCGAAGAGCCCUGACCCGCCCCGCAAAGACAAGGAGAAUGCGAAGAGCUCCAACACCAGCAGCUCCAAGAGUGCUAAUGAAACGGCAACGAAUGGCAAGAAUGCAAACGGUGACAUGUCUUCCCCGCCCGCCCCUACACAUCGCAGCUACAGCUUCCGCUUCUCCCUCGAGUGGGUGGAUAAACGCUUCGGGCAGUACCAGCCAAUGCGUCUCUAUCCGCCACGCCUUCCUCUCCCGGCCCAGGUACUCUUACAGUCAAGGGGCAUCAACAUCGCCGCAGUGGACAGCUCGCGACCUACGGGUCCUGCGGUAACGUCCAGUCGUUACGCUGGCAGGGCGCUCGCAGAAUGGACGUUCGUUUCGCACGAGUGCCAGAACUUCUUCGACCGUCGGAAGAACGAGGGGGUGCCGAGCAACAAGCUGGUCGAAACUCCUACCUUGGCCGUCGAGGCUUUCAGACGUCCUGGAUAA